CGUUUUUUUUUAUUUUUCAGGUCUAGCCGACCGAAUCAAUCGCACAUGAACACGAACCGACACUAACUCGACUUUCGCGACUCCACCCACACACCCACACGCCGGACGUGGUUUUUUUCGACCCGCACUCCUCGGAGGAGAUCGCGCGAACUCGAACGCCGUCGUCGCUGCCGCCGACGCGCCAACACCGCUGCGGGACUCGACAUCGUCGUCACCUGCACACUCGCCACCAGCACUUCCUCAACCGACGGCGUUGGGUUACCGCCACGACAACUGGAACCGCGGUAUAUACCGCGAUGACGACGACGACCACCACAACCAUAACGACCAUCCGGUCGUAGAGGGGCAGGCAAGGUAUCUGAAGGAAGUGGUGCGCGGGGGAUCGGAAGCAGGAGAACAGUCAAAUAAGUCAUCGGCGGGGGCACGAACGAUCCGAUGAACGAGGAAAACUAUACGGCCGUGGUGCCCACGUACUUGACGGGCCUGUUCGACUUCAACGGAACGGUGGAGGGCGGCAACGAGACCGACGGCGGUGGCUAUCUGAACGUGACCACCGAGAUGCCUGUCCAGUACGCCAGGCCCAUGUACGGGUUCGUCAUGCCGUUCCUGUUGCUGGUGACCAUCGUGGCCAAUACUCUGAUCGUGGUCGUGCUGUCCAAGCGGCACAUGCGAACGCCCACCAACGUGGUGCUCAUGUCCAUGGCCCUGUCCGACAUGUUCACGCUGCUGUUCCCGGCCCCGUGGCUGUUCUAUAUGUACACGCUUGGCAACCAUUACAAGCCACUGUCGCCUGUCGAGUCGUGCUACGCGUGGUACGCCAUGAACGAGGUCAUACCAACGCUGUUCCACACCGCGUCCAUCUGGCUCACGCUCGCCCUGGCCGUCCAGAGGUAAGUGCGACACUAUUCAUUGCAAUGUAGAUACCCGCGCAUUGUUGUCGUUGUUCAGCUUGUUCCACCGUGCUCGCCGUGCUCGCCGUGACACGUGACUUCUGCAGCCACGCUUCAGUUCAAUAUUGCUUAGGACCAAAAUACAAGUGCGUUGUCUCACAGAAUAAUAAUAUAUUUAAUAUAUUUCGAAUAUAUUCUGCUCACCGUAUUCCUUGGGUAUGAAAUAUUGGACUCUAAAAGUUGAAACCGUAUUCGUAAUCUGAUAGAAUGUUGGCAAUGUGUAUCCCCUUUGUUACGAAAUUAUAAAAACGGAAACAAUCCAUUGACCACAGACGACGGCCGUAUUAAUUUAUUCAAAGUUUUUCACAUACGGUAUUGUCGGUUUCAGUAUUUUAUAAGUAAAAUUGUAGCAUGAAUUAAAUAUUAUAAUAUUUUUAUUUGACAUUUUUCAAAUAAUUUAAAUUGUCGAUAUGAAAUAUUUGAUUAAUAACGUAUACUACGCAUCUCGCGGAUACCGUUUUCAAUGCCACAGUCAUCAGAUUUUGCCAAAUUACUCAGUGUCUAAGAUCCAAAUUGUGUACAUAGAAAUUGUAUUACGCGGGAAUGUGAUUAUCAAUAGGAAGAUUUAUUAGGGGGUAACUUUUACACAGAAACUUACGAGCCGGGAAAAUUACAUUGGAAUUUAAAAACAGGUAAUAUCAUACACAGCAAAUUAUAAACCAGGAAAGCAUUACACACAAAAAUGUUAUGUUAUAUGUUAUAAUAAUAAUAUGUUAUCGAACUUUUAAAGCAAAUUUUUAGCCAAGUAAAAAAAUGUAUUGUUUUAGUUCUAAAUUAUUUAAGCUUGAAAUGGUUUUUAUUCAGGGACAUUUUUUGAGAUAUUAUUUACAAUAUGCAAUUUCCGAUGUUUGGUAUAAUAACUUUACGUAGGUACAUUCAUCUUUAUUGCUUUUAAAUUCUGAGCAAAGGGUGUUUUUUUAUCAAAGAGAUUAUUUUUAAAUGGUUCUGUAAACAUUUUCUUACAUAAAAAAAAUGGUCUAUAUCAGUAGUGGAGGAUACCAAAUAGCGAUUGGUGGGAUUUUAUAGAGGUCAGUUUUUAUAUUAAGUUAAUUUAUAAAACAACGAAAUCACAGAAAUUAAUGUCUAUUCGAUUAUUUCGUCAUAAUUCAGUUGUACAAGAACGUUAUGGUGCGGUUCUUCAAUAAUCUCAUUGUAUAAUAUGACAUCUUAUAAAUACCUAUCUUAUUUAAGACUUCAAUCUAUUUUUUUUAAAUCUAAGAAACAUCAUUAUUAUAAAAAUAAUACAACUGAAUAUAAUGUUAAAAAAAACAAAUACCUAUUAAUUACCUGAUCAAGAUUUCUGGUGAUCGAUUCCUUAUUUUUAUGCUCCUUUUGAUUUCUGCCUUCCUUAAUAAUUAAAAAAUGUAUAAAAUCAUUAAAAUAUUCGUUAUCAGAUUAUCACCGUA